GAGUUGGUGCAAAAUAUGAUAGACAUAAGCAUUUCUAGUUUGGAGGGUUUACGGACCAAAUGUGCCACAUCCAACGACUUGACACAAAAAGAGAUACGAACGCUGGAGGGGAAGUUGGUGAAGUACUUCAGCCGCCAGCUGUCCUGUAAGUGCAAAGUGGCCUUAGAGGAGCGCAGUGCUGAUCUGGAGGACUUCCCCCGCCUCGGCCACUGGUUCCGCAUCGUCAACUUGAGGAAAGAGGUCACACAGGAGAUGAGCCCAGGUGAGGUGACCCUGGAGGGUCUGCUGGAGAUGAGCGAGGAGCAAGUGUGUGAACUGCUGCAGAAGUUUGGUGCCAACGAAGAGGAGUGUGCCCGACUCAACGCCUCCCUCUCCUGCCUCAGAAAGGCCCACCAGCUCGGUAAGGACCAGGCGAAGCAGGACUGGUCCAUCCAGUGGCCCACCUCUGAAUCGGGCAAAGAAAACACCCCGGUGUGCCAGCCAGAGGCCAGUCAGUGGAUCCGGUUCCAGCUCUCCCAAAGCCCCAAAGUCCAGUCCAAGUACAACCAGCACAUGUGCCACAGCCCCCAGGCCCUGGCCCCCCCUUUGUACGUCGAUCGACUCACCGUCGACAACCCCGCCACAGGACUCUUCCCUCCCUUGGACUCUGGUCAUCGCUCCCUGCCCCCGUCACCCCGCCAGAGGCAUUUUGGCCACACACCUCCUCGGACUCCCUUGGUGAUCAACACCAUGACCCCACCGGGCACUCCUCCCAUGCGGCGAAGGAACAAAGUGAAGGCCCCAGGAACGCCACCUCCACCUAGCCGCAAACUCAUUCAUCUGCUGCCGGGCUUCACCGCACUGCAUCGCAGCAAAUCUCAUGAGUUCCAGCUGGGGAACCGUUUGGAUGACACGCAGACACCAAAAGCCAAGAAGAAGACCAAGCCCUUGAACCUUAAGAUCCACAGCAGUGUGGGCAGCUGUGAGAAUCUGCCCACGCAGCGCUCACCCCUCCACACCGAACGAUCUCUGCGAUCCUUCUUCUUCCCCUCUUUCAUCCCGUCCACACCUCCCGUCCACGCCGAAACGCCCUCUGCAAACACUCUCUCAGUGCCUCGCUGGUCCCCACAGAUUCCCCGAAGAGAUCUGGGAAACUCAAUAAAACACAGGUUUUCCACCAAGUAUUGGAUGUCCCAGACAUGCAUAGUAUGUGGAAAGGGAAUGUUGUUUGGACUGAAAUGUAAAAACUGCAAGCUGAAGUGCCACAACAAAUGCACCAAAGAAGCCCCACCUUGCCAUUUACUGAUCAUACAGCGAGGCGGACGAGAAUCCCUCAAAGUCGCUCGUCUGGUACGGACUGAAUCAGUGCCAUGUGACAUCAACAACCCGCUCAGGUACACAGACCUGCACAUCAGUCAGACGCUCCCCAAAACCAACAAAAUCAACAAGGAUCACAUCCCAGUCCCAUACCAACCAGACUCCAGCAGUAAUCCCUCGUCCACCACCUCCUCCACCCCGUCCUCUCCGGCUCCUCCCCUGCCCAGCAGUGCCACGCCCCCCUCGCCACUGCACCCCUCCCCACAGUCAGCGAGGCAACAGAAGCAGUUCAACUUGACAGCCUCCAGUUAUUUCAAAUACAAACAACAAUUCAUCUUCCCAGAUGUUGCUCCGGAGGCUCCUCCCAGCAGAGCACCGCAGGUCAUCCUGCACCCUGUCCUGUCUGAACCAGGGAACGAGGGCAACCCUUUACUUCAAAUCGAAGUUGAACCUACAUCAGAUAAUGAGGAGGGCAACGACGAGGACUCCGGCGAUGAGUUCGAGGAGAUGAACCUGUCACUCCUGUCGGCCCGUAACUUCCCGCGCAAGGCCAGCCAGACCAGCAUCUUCCUGCAGGAGUGGGACAUCCCGUUCGAGCAGCUGGAGAUCGGCGAGAUGAUCGGUAAGGGACGCUUCGGCAAGGUUUUCCACGGACGCUGGCACGGCGAGGUCGCCAUCCGCCUGAUCGACAUCGAGCGCGACAACGAGGACCAGCUGAAGGCCUUCAAGCGCGAGGUGAUGGCCUACCGCAACACUCGCCACGAGAAUGUGGUGCUGUUCAUGGGGGCCUGCAUGAGUCCACCACAUCUGGCCAUUAUCACCAGCUUGUGUAAAGGAAGGACACUUUAUUCUGUGGUGCGGGACGCCAAGGUUGUGCUGGAUGUUAACAAGACCCGACAGAUCGCACAAGAGAUGGUCAAGGGGAUGGGCUACCUCCACGCUAAGGGGAUCUUACACAAAGACAUGAAGUCCAAGAACGUAUUUUAUGACAAUGGCAAAGUCGUCAUCACCGAUUUUGGGCUCUUCACCAUAUCUGGGGUGCUGCAGGCUGGCAGCCGGAGAGAAGACAAACUGAGGAUCCCCAAUGGCUGGCUGUGUCACCUGGCCCCAGAAAUCAUCCAGCAGCUCUCUCCGGAAACAGAGGAGGACAAGCUUCCCUUCUCCAAACAGUCAGAUGUCUUUGCUUUCGGCACCAUCUGGUACGAGUUACACGCACGUGAGUGGCCUUACAAAAGUCAGCCAGCGGAGGUGAUCAUAUGGCAGAUUGGCAGCGGGAUGAAGCCCAACCUCGCCCAAACUGGCAUGGGGAAGGAGAUAUCAGACAUUCUGCUCCUCUGCUGGGCGUACAAGCAGGAAGAGCGGCCCAGCUUCUCCAAGCUGGUAGAUUUACUGGAAAAGUUGCCAAAACGGAACCGCCGCCUUUCCCACCCAGGGCACUUCUGGAAGUCAGCUGAGUAUGUCAAAUGAGUUAGGGACAAAACAAAACAAGCAAACAAAUCAGCAACUAUUAAAAAUCACCCGCCAUAACUCUACAUAAAUAACCCACCUCUUAAAGAAUGCACUGAAUCCAAAAGCCAGCCCAGUGAUGAAAACUGCCCGUGCUGUGUGUAUUUUCAUGGAAUGUUGGCAUGUGUGUGUACAGAUAAUUGACUGUCCAGCUUCUCAGAGCAGUCGGGACUCAUAUUUUCUUUGGUUUGAUUUAAACCAU